AGCUGCUGCAGCACCCGCACUCCUCUCCCUCGUACCCUCCCGCAUCGCGUCGCGUCGGCAUCGCUACGCAUCACAGUCAGCGCGCCCAGCCUCACCUCACACGCCCCUGGCAUUCGCGACCGGCCGACGAGACGGAGCUCCAGCCUCCAGCCUCCCCCGAGCAGAGCCGAAAAGGCCAAACAGAGCACGCGAUUUUACAGCCCUGCCCCGCGCGGCCCCCCCUCCACCCGCGCAGAUCUUUUCUCCUCCCCCUCCUCCCCCGCGCCCCGCGCCGAUCACGCCACCGAUCCGGCCCCUUCCCGGCGGGGCGAUGGAGGGGGAGGAGCGGCGGCUGGCGGCGUCGCUGACGGCGCGGUACUCGGAGUGGGUGCUGGAGGAGCUGGACGAGCUGCGUGGGAGCUUCCUGCUCACGGACCCGGCCAUGCCGGGCCACCCCAUCGUCUACGCCUCCCGGGGCCUCGCCGCGCUCACGGGCUACCCGCGCCGCGAGCUGCUCGGCCGCAACGCGCGCCUCUUCCAGGGCGCCGCCACCGACCGCGCCGCCGUCUCGGGCGUGCGCGAGGCCGUGCGCGCCCAGCGCGCCCACCAGGUCGCCAUCCUCAACUACCGCCGCGACGGCUCGCCCCACUGGGUGCUGCUCCAUCUCGCGCCCGUCUUCCACGCCGCCGACGGCCGCGUGCUCCACUUCCUCGCCGUCCAGGUGCCCAUCGCCCCCGCGUCGUCGCCGCGCCGUCACCCGGGCCGGCCCCCGGCGUUCGCGGCGUGCCGGGAGGAGGCCAGGGGCGAGGAGGAGCUGCCUUGCGCCAGCCACGUAGGGGAGGUGUUUGUGGAUAUCGAUAAGAGAGGUAUGGAGACAAGAAGAAGGCUGGAGGCUGAGGAACCGCGUAUAGCUAGCGGCUGUGACAAAGAGAUGGCUCUAAGCACAGCAAACAGCAUCUUCUCUACACUGAACCGCUAUAGCAAACUAACUGGUUUGGUGGUUUGUGAGAGGAGAUGUGAUUCUGUUGGUAUCCCAGCACUCAGCUCUUCCUUAAAUCUCUCCCUCGGUAGAAUCAAACAGAGCUUUGUAUUAACUGACCGCCAUUUGCCUGACAUGCCGAUAGUCUAUGCUAGUGAUGCCUUUCUAUCAUUAACAGGCAAAGGUUUCUGCUGUUCUAAUCAUCUUACUUAUCCAGGUUACUCAAGAGAAGAAAUAUUGGGCUGUAACUGCAGAUUCUUAAACGGUCCAGGUACUAGUGCGGAGGUUUUAGAGGAGAUAAAUCGGCAUAUCUGUCGUGAGGAGGCUUGCACAGUGCAUUUGCUUAAUUACAGGAAAGACGGAAGUACAUUCCGUGACCUGCUACAUGUGUCUCCCAUCCGAAAUUCAUCGGGCAAGGUUGGCUUACAUCCUUUUCAGGUCGCAUUUCAUGUGUGGGUUCACCUUGAUGAGAGCGCGAAGCAUGAUUUUAGUGGGUUGACCCCUGAGGUAUGGCAGCUCGGUGCUGUUGGUGCUGUAAGAGUUGCAGUUAGAAGCCUGUCUGCGUCAGCUGGUUCUGGCAAAAUUUACAGUUUGUCUCUCUAAAAAAAUGGAGCCUGUCAUGUAAAUUUCAAGGGAGCAUUUCGUCCGACCUGCGAAUUCAAGUCCACAGAUUGAGAGUCGUCCUUUUGGAAAGAGGCUUGCAUCGGCCACUGGCGUGCGUACACUGGCCCAACGCAGCCACUUCCGUCGCAUUCCCACGCACGACGCUCACGAUCGAGCUUCGUACCUUUGCUGCAUCCUCAACCGCUCGCGAAAAGGACGAAGGAAUAUCUCGUAAACACAGCCUUUUUUCUUUUUGCGUAAUAUACUACUGUAUCUCAUAACACAACCUGACAGCAGACACUAAGCUGCCGAAAACCACCAUAAUUGUGUGAA